AAGAGUGUAUUAUCAGCAAGAAGAAGGUACACGGAUUUAUCAAGCGGUGUUGUUGGGCAGUAGGUUUAGAGGAUGACCAUGGGCCUAUGUUAGCAGACGUAUUGGUGGCGGCAGACUACAGGGGCCACUACAGUCAUGGUCUUAAAAAUCUUGAUAAAUAUUUGAGCGAUGUAACAAACCGAUUCGUAGCAAAGAAGGGUGUUCCGAGGAUUGUCAAGCAAACUCAAGCAACGGCAUUGGUGGAUGGGAACAAUUUACUUGGACCAGUUGUCGGGAAUUAUUGCAUGGAUCUAGCUAUUGAAAAAGCAAAACAAAGUGGCAUAGGAUGGGUUUCGGUCAGCGGGUCAAAUCAUUUUGGAAUGGCAAGUUGGUAUGGUAUCCGUGCAGUAGACAAAGGAUUUAUUGGAAUGGCAUUUACGAAUACUGGUGCUGGUAUGGCACCAACACGAGCGAUACAAAAUGCACUUGGUACCAAACCAAUAUGUAUAGCGGCACCAGCGAAAGAUGGUGACAGUUUUGUCCUAGAUAUGGCAACUACAACAGUAGCAUUUGGAAAGGUCAGGCUAUUUCAUUUGAUGCUUUUCAAAAUGUUUAAAGACAUUAUCCAUAUCUUGAAUUCAAAGACAUAUUUAUUUUGUUAA